AGAGAGAGAGAGAUCUACUCGUCUCGAUCCAAAAGUUUCACCGCUCUCUCAUCCCCCAAUCAUUUGUGCCACCUCUCUCUCUCUCUCUCUCUCUCAAAUGACUAUUUAGCAUGCAGCCUUCUGUUUCGCAGCGACCUGCCUGCAUAUAAUUCUGUUGCUCUUUCUCACUUCCCUUUAGUUUGGCUCCCCUCUGCCAUCAUCAUCACCUCCAUCUUCUCACCGUCACGCCUGCCUCCUCUUCCUCCUCCCUCCUUUAUACCAUUACAAAAGAGCACAAGCUCACUGCUUGCUUGCUAGCUAGCUUCUGUUCGUCGCAAUUCACACAACCCUGAUCUUGAUCUAGUUAGCUAGUUCGUUCUUGGCGAGCUAGCUCCGGGGUGUCUGGAUCUUAGUGCUAGAUUCCAUGGGCCUCGAGCUCGAGCUCUCUGAAUUGGCCGUGCUCGGGCCGAUCCGAACCGCAGUGAGCAGCGCGAGCGACGAGGCGACGCGGCCGGGUAACGACGGCCAAGACGCUGCCGACGCAGGCUGCGUCACGCCGACAGCAAUGAGCCCCAUGCCGUGGCGAGGUGGCGUCGUCGACGGCGUCGACACCGGCUGCGUCACGCCGACGUCGGCCGCGAGCGUCCUGCGGCCGGCCACGGUGUGCCCUCCGGCGCCGCGGAAGCCGGCGAGGGCGUCCGCCAAGAGGAAGGGCUGCUGCGGCCGCACGCCGCAGAGGCGGUGCUUCUUCCCCGUGCCGCACGACCUCGCCACGGUGUUCGUGCCGCGCGGCGCCGCGGCUAGCUCGCCGUCCCGGCCGGCCGCCAAGAAGAUCCGCGUGCACGUCGUGGGGUGAUCCGUCGUCGUUGCUCGUCGGACAGAACAGCAUACCCUGCUUUCUUCAUCCAUAUUCCCGCCCCACGGUUCGCCUCACCUCACCGGCGGCGCGCGCGCCAUUGGCCAUCGCUGCAAAUGGGAGGACAAAUUCUUGGCUUCUUGAAAGGACGGGAACCACGGAGGCCAGUAUGUCACGCCGUCGCCAUGCGCCCAUGUUUCAUCAGAGCUUACCGCGUGGGCAGCGCGUUUUUCUCAGAUCGACCAAGUUUGAAUAAUCGAAUUGUUCAUACUACAUUGUUGGCUGCGCAAAUUUGUCUUCGCGCAAAGCGGGUGCGCUGUGGAGUUACAUAAAUAUCAUAAUAUCUGGGAAUUUGCUGCAAA